UAAUACACGACUUAACAGCGGCAAGAAUGACGCGAUGUCGUGGUAUAAAAGCAUAGUAUAUGGCAAGUUGAGAAACCAGUUAAGGUCGAACUCUUGAGACUAUCGCUGUGAAGAAAGCGUCGUGAAACCAUUCCACAGCCUCUUCUGUGUAAAAAUACAUUGCAAAAUGUCCAAGUUUAUACUUCUCGUUUGCAUCCUUUUGCUGACUACGAACAUCGUUUCAGCUGCUUCUAAAUGUGGCAGACAUGGUGAUUCUUGCGUGGCCAGCUCCGACUGUUGCCCUGGCACAUGGUGUCACACGUAUGCGAACAGGUGUCAAGUGAGGAUCACGGAGGAGGAGUUGAUGAAGCAGCGUGAAAAGAUCCUUGGUAGAAAGGGGAAAGAUUAUUAAGUGAUUAAGAUAUUUUAACGAUGAUUCUAUACGAAUCAAAUUUUCCGGAAUGGAAUCAAUGCUCGAAACAAAAUUAAUUUCUUAAGCAAUAUACAAAAUACAGAUAGACGACUGAGUGAUUAAUGUAAAUAUACGAGACGAGAUAAAAAGGAAAAUAAAUGGGAUGAAAAGUGCAUGCGAGUGCAAUCGAAUUAA